AUGUCAGCAGACAAGCAUCCCGAAUCUAUCCCAGCUCUCAUGAGCUCCCUCCGCCAUCUGCGAGAUACCAAUCCCAAAGCUGUCCGGGCAAAUGUCCAUAUAUACCCUGCGUCGCUUUACGCCAAUAAUGGAGAAUCAAGUUCGACGAGCUCGAUGAGAGAUAGGAAGAUAACAAGCUGGAAGAUGACCGAGCAUAUGUAUUUCAGUUCUCAGAACCCUUUUCCUACACUGGCCAGAGGGCUGUUUACCGAAGAAGUUCAGGAGAAUGACCCACUACCUGGUGAGGUCAAUAGUGCAGGUGAGGGAUGUACGAGACCCAAAGAUAGGAUAGUAGCGAGAGGGUAUGAUAAAUUUUUCAAUAUAGACGAAGUAGAAUGGACCAACUGGUCAGCAAUGAAGAUACACACCGAACCUCCUUAUCAUCUGACACUGAAAUCAAAUGGAUGUUUGAUCUUGAUAUCGGCCCUUUCACCCUCUUAUCUGAUAGUGGCUUCCAAGCAUUCAUUGGGAACUACUACCGAUGCGCAGGAACAGGAAGCUCUAAUUGGCUUGGCGGACCUUUCAAUCAAAGACAACGAUCAAAAGCAGAAUAAGAGCAAGAAAGAGGUUCAGCAGGAGGCAAAAGCCGAAAAGGCAGAACAUGAAGAGGCCAAGGCCCACGCUGCGGUCGGCAGGGACUGGGUGAAGAAAACUUUAGCUGCGAAGGGAAAGACAGAAGCUGAGCUGGCUAAGAAGUUGUGGGACGGAAAUAUGACUGCUGUACUGGAGCUAUGUGACGAUUCAUUCGAAGAGCAUGUGAUAGCGACCCCAGCCCAUUGGACAGGUCUUCACCUCCACGGACUAAAUCACAACACUCCUCAUUUCUCAACUUCUCCUCCUGAUAAGGUGAAAUCCUUCGCUGAAGAAUUCGGGUUCAUCCAAACGAAAUAUGUCGAGCUGCAGACUUUAGACGAGGUAAAAUCGUUCACCGAUGAUGUCGCUAAGACAGGUUCAUGGGAAGGAGACAUGAUAGAAGGAUUUGUGGUCCGGUGCAAAGUCAAACAACCACCUCAAAGUAGCCAGACGAAUGGUAAACCACCAUACAAAGUCGGAUCACCUUUCUUUUUCAAAGUGAAAUUCGACGAACCUUAUCUCCUUUAUAGACAGUGGCGAGAAAUCACUAGAGUCAUGUUACCUCUCUUAGAGAAAACUGAACCAGAAGAUAUAGCGGCAAUAUGGAAAAAGGUACGAACGAAAUCGAAACGACCCGAAGUCUCAGUUUACGCAGAUUGGGUAGGGAAGAUGAUCAAGACCGAACCUGCUUUAUUCGAUAAUUAUGAUAAAGGUGUGGUGAGAGUUAGAGAGAGGUUCUUGAGAUGGAUAGAAGACGAUGAAAGCGCAAAGAAACUUUGGAAUGAUGCUAGGGAAGGUAAAGCGAAGAAUAUCUUGGGGAAAAACGGGAGUGAGAAGCAACAAAGUAAAGAGGGUUUACCUAAGAAAUGGUUACUCGUGCCAAUUGCUGUACCAGGUUGUGGUAAAACAUUGAUCGGCGUAGCGUUAUCCAAGCUAUUCGGUUUCGGUCAUACCCAAAGCGACGAUAUCACCACCAAACGUACAGCACCUACAUUCAUCAAAAACAUCACUGCAUUAUUACAAAAAGAGGAUGUCGUCUACGCAGACAGGAAUAACCAUAUACCAAAACACUACGAAGAACUAUCCGCAAUAGCCUCUUCGAGGCCAAUGCAGAAAUACGAUGUCCGGCUAAUAGGAAUCGUAUGGGAUAUAUCUUCUCAGCCAUACCACAGAUUACUCCGAAUCUGCUCAGAGAGAGUCGUCGCUCGAGGAGAUAAUCAUCAAACUCUCCGACCUGAUCCAACGGUAGAUGCAGAACACGAAGCGGUAGUAGGCCAAUUUUUGAGAAAUUUCACUUCUCCCGAUCCACUCUUGUUCGAUCAACUUGUCGAUGUCAAUGUCCUGAGUUCGCCAAGGGAUGUAUUGGGUAAAAUUAUCGAUUCUUUAGUAGACAUUGUAGGCUUACCUAGACCUGAAGAAGGAGAUAUAGAUAUAGCCUUGAACGAGGCAGGGGAAUAUAAAGUGACUACGCCAUAUCACGCACCGGCAAAAGUUGGCAAACCAAUCAGAUAUUUCGGUAUCGCACCUGAGAUCGACCUGGGUGAUAUUGUAGGGAAUAUAAUACAAAAUCCUACAUCUUUUGGUGAUCAAAACGAAUAUUCGGAAUCUGCUAUGGAGAUAUUUGAUCUGAUUAAAUCGCAAGGUAGAAUUACAUCAAAACCGCAUAUCACCUUAUCACACGAGAAGAACGUUGCCACCGAAGCUGAACAAUUAGCUUCCGAAGGGAAGGAAGGUGAAGAGGGUCCUCAAAAGAGAUUAUGGGAUACAUGUAGAAGAUUAUCUGAAAUGAAAGUCUCAAUGUUAUUCAAGUUCAGAUUAACCCAUUUGAUAUGGGAUAAAAGAGUCAUGACUUUAGCUAUAGAAGAUUUUAGACCUAUCCCCGUAGACAAGGAGGGAGGAAUACAAGUGGAUUUGGAAAGUGUAUUACCUUCCGAUGUGAAGAGCUUAUUACAUAUUACUGUGGGGACGGUGUCAGAGGAGAUAUCGGCAUUUGAAUCUAGAGGGUUGAUGAAGGUCCUUCGAGAGAAUGGAGAUAGUGAGUCAGGUGAGAAGGAUGAGGUUGUAGAGGGUGGUGGAAAAGUCAGAUGGAUCAGAGUCAAAGAAAUGGAAGGUGAAGGAAGAGUCAAAGGCAUGAGUUGA